AUGGCAUCCAAGUCUCUUGACAUUGUCCUGAGGAAUCGUGCCAGUGAGGAACUUACUUUAAAGACCUCUCAUUUGGAACAUGGAGUAUGGUGGAUUGAACCUUUGAAAAAUGUGUCUGUAGGAAACUCUGUUAGGUUUGGAGCCGAAUCCGAUGGUAUGCUAUAUUUGGAGGGAAGUUUCACCUAUUUCAUGGGAUCCAACACAAGCGAAGUCACAAUAUAUUUCAUCAAUCCGUUUUUAGGUGGUAAUCGAUACGAAGUCAUCAAUACAAAUAAUCAAGAGUUUCUUAUAGGCUAUUGGGUUUGUAAUGGUUAUAAUUCAGAAAUAACUGUAACCAUUCAUGAAAAAAACCUUUCCAGAGAAUACAGCAUUGCUGUAAUGUCUGAUCCUCAGCCGUGGAGACUGUACAACAACGAUAUACCAAACUCUAUGGCUAACAAGAAUUAUUGGGAGACAUUAAACAGGAAAGUGGUGAGUAGCCUUAAUAUACUUUCUAAAAGUAAACCGAUAGAUUUUGGAGUUAUUAAUGGAGACAUAACUGAAUUUGGACGCCAUUCAACGAGACUGAGUUUUUAUAAAAUAUAUGAUCAGUUGUUGUUUCCAGUUUAUUAUGGACUAGGAAAUCAUGAUUACAGCAAUAAUGUAGGUGAUUGCGCCGAUGGUUUUAGUCUCAGCAAGAAUGCCUGCGCUAGGGGAGCUGUAAACGAAAUGGCGGCCAAGAUUUUAAGAUACAGCUCUGAACUUUUGAGUCAUUUUAGUAGUGAUUAUGAUCAUUAUAAUGAAAACGGAAGUUUGGCUUACUCUUGGGACUAUGGCCAGCUUCAUUAUGUACAACUUCAAAACUACCCAACUUAUAAAGUUGAUCUCGAUCAUUAUGCAUUAUCAACUAUACGCGUAAAGUCCUCUCUGGAGUGGCUAGAAACGGAUCUUGAAAGAGCGAGAGAACGAGGAAAGGCAAUCGUAUUAAACUUCCAUGACGCAUUUGAUAAGUUCUUAAGCGAAAGUAGCAUCGACGAAUUGUAUAGAUUUAGAACUCUUAUUGUGAGAUAUAGGGUACUAGCUAUAUUUUGUGGCCAUACACAUUCUAUGGGAAUAUAUUUUAGUCACGGGGAUUCCGUAUUUGGAAAAACAACCAUAAUCAAUAGUGGAGCCUUGUUUAAGAGCAAUUACUACAUAGUGACUGUGAGAGGCAAAUGUUUGUAUAUUACUUCGUACACUGCUUUCAAUGGAGUCCCGGUAUCGAACGAGAACGUUGUAGAAAUAUGUGACGGGUAUGGAUAA